GUCCAUGAAGUCUGUGGCAAAAGCAGCCUUCUUUCAGCCACUCUGGGCAGCAUCCAGCUACAUCGUCUAGGCAGCAGUAGCAUAUGGUGGAACAGAGAGAGGAAGUCCUGGCCAUCCUGUCCAAUGGCAACUUCACAAUUAAAUUCUUGCAUCUUUAUGGGGGUGCUUGUUUGUGCUUGUGUGCUUUGAACAGCAUGGUGCUUAAUUGCCUCGAUAAGAAAAGGAGAGGGGGUUAAGCAGCUAGGAGUACCAGUGGUGUUCGUGGCUUCAUGUCAUGCAAGAGAGCUCAGCUCACAGAUCCCUAUGGAGUGGAUAGCUAUCGUGGGAGAGGCCAAGAACAAACUGCUCUAGAUUUUGUAUCGUAUCCUCGCGUUGCAUUACGGCUACUACUGCUGCUGCUGCUACUUAUCCACCGCUUUUUUGCUUUGGCCCUCUCAUUCCUUUUGCAGUUUUUUUCUGCUCAGCUCACCGGGUCCCCUCUCUCAUCUUCCUCGUCGUGCACCUUGCAUGGAUGUAGAAGUAGCGAGCUAGCGCGCGGCGACUGCGAGCCGAGAGAGCAACGCAAGAACGGCACGAGAGGCUGGCAGCGAGCGAGCGUGUGCAUGGUUGGUGCGAGCAAAUGGCCAGCGGCGGCGGCAGCAGCAACUGGUUAGGCUUCUCGCUCUCCCCGCACAUGCCGGCCAUGGAGGUGCCGUCCUCCUCUGAGCCAUCGACUGCUGCUCAUCAUCAUCAUCAUCAUCAUCCACCUGCUGCUGCUGCUGCUGCCGGAGCCAUGUCGUCUCCUCCCGACAGCGCCACGACCUGCAACUUCCUCUUCUCCCCUCCUGCAGCACAGAUGGUCGCUCCUUCACCUGGCUACUACUACGUCGGCGGCGCCUACGGAGACGGGACCAGCACCGCCGGCGUCUACUACUCGCACCUCCCUGUCAUGCCUAUCAAGUCCGAUGGCUCCCUCUGCAUCAUGGAAGGCAUGAUGCCGUCGUCAUCGCCAAAGCUCGAGGACUUCUUGGGGUGUGGCAAUGGCAGUGGCCAUGACCCGGCCACCUACUAUAGCCAGGGCCAAGAAGCAGAGGAUGCAAGCAGGGCGGCCUACCAGCACCACCAGCUAGUCCCCUACAACUACCAGCCAUUGACGGAAGCAGAGAUGCUGCAAGAGGCCGCAGCGGCGCCAAUGGAGGACGCAAUGGCGGCGGCCAAGAACUUCCUCGUCACCAGCUACGGCGCCUGCUACGGCAACCAGGAGAUGCCGCAGCCGCUCAGCCUCUCCAUGAGCCCAGGGUCCCAGUCCAGCAGCUGCGUCAGUGCAGCUCCCCAGCAGCAUCAGCAGAUGGCGGUGGUCGCUGCAGCUGCUGCUGCUGGUGAUGGCCAGGGAAGCAACAGUAAUGACGGUGGCGAGCAGCGUGUCGGGAAGAAGAGGGGCACCGGGAAAGGGGGCCAAAAGCAGCCUGUUCACCGGAAGUCCAUUGACACGUUUGGGCAGAGGACAUCGCAGUAUAGGGGCGUCACCAGCAGGCACAGGUGGACUGGAAGAUAUGAAGCCCACCUCUGGGAUAACAGUUGCAAAAAGGAUGGACAGACAAGGAAGGGAAGGCAAGUAUAUCUAGGUGGUUAUGACACUGAAGAUAAAGCUGCGAGGGCUUAUGAUCUGGCUGCGCUGAAAUACUGGGGGCUAUCUACGCAUAUAAAUUUCCCGUUAGAAAACUACCGAGAUGAGAUCGAGGAGAUGGAAAGGAUGACAAGGCAAGAAUAUGUUGCGCACUUGAGAAGGAGAAGCAGCGGGUUCUCUCGCGGUGCUUCCAUCUACCGGGGAGUAACAAGGCAUCACCAGCAUGGAAGAUGGCAAGCUCGGAUUGGCAGGGUUGCUGGCAACAAGGACUUGUAUCUCGGCACUUUCAGCACUCAAGAAGAAGCAGCAGAGGCAUACGACAUUGCUGCCAUCAAGUUCCGUGGCCUGAACGCGGUGACGAACUUUGACAUCACAAGGUACGACGUGGACAAGAUCAUGGAGAGCAGCUCGCUGCUGCCUGGUGAGGCAGCGCGUAAGGUGAAGGCGAUCGAGGCAGCGCCGGACCAUGUGCCAAUAGGCCGCGAGCUCGGUGCGACCGAGGAAGCGAGCGCUGCUACUGUCACGGGCACCGACUGGAGAAUGGUGCUCCAUGGAUCACAGCAGCAGCAAGCUGCAGCGUGCACCGAAGCAACGGCAGAUCUUCAGAAGGGCUUCAUGGGUGACGCGCACUCGGCUCUCCACGGCAUUGUCGGGUUCGACGUCGAGUCGGCGGCAGCUGACGAGAUCGAUGUCCCGGGAGGGAAGAUCAGUGGCAUCAACUUCUCGAACUCGUCUUCGCUGGUGACUAGCCUGAGCAACUCGAGGGAGGGGAGCCCUGAGAGGCUUGGCCUCGCCAUGCUCUACGCCAAGCAUCAUCCCACCGCCGUCAGCCUCGCCGCCAUGAACCCCUGGAUGCCGAUGCCGGCGCCGGCCGCAGCUCACGUGAUGAGGCCGCCGAGUGCCAUUGCUCAUCUCCCUGUUUUUGCAGCCUGGACAGAUGCUUAAUUAGAGCCAUGUUGCUGCUUGCUCGAUCUUGCUUUUGAUCGGCUCUUUUUGUAAACUAAAGCAAGAUCAGCAGCAAUCAGGUGCUUAUGGUACUUAAAUUAGCUGGAAGCCUGGAGUAGCAUACUUGGUUAUGAUGGUAAGCACUAGGCUGGUGGUGUAAGUGUUUAACCAGUAAACCCAUAGGUAGGACAUUCAAGCAAAAUCCAAAUCUCUAGAGCAUCCACUGGUAGUAGUAGUAGUAGACCUUUAGUGUUAGACCGGUAGUGUUCUUUGCUUCUUUUGAGCCUCUUUUUUUGGGGGAAAUUUGGUUGGAAUGUAUGGCUUUUUAACACGAAAUCAGGAAUGUAUGGCUUUUAACACGAAA